UGAUAGCCUGGUUUCGGUUGUCAAUUUUCAUCUCUGACUUUAUCUUUUGUUAAUUUUUUUGAAUUUCGCACCAAUUUUAUUUAUUUAAAUUAUCUAAAUUUUGUUGAAAUUUUAGGAAUAAAUUGAAAAUAAUAAUUAUUGGGAAAUGCAAAGGAAUGCAAAAUUACUACUAGGAGUCUUCAUUGCGAUAUUUUCAAUCGAAUAUGACCAUUGUUUACCAUCGAACUUCAGGGGGUAUAAAUUAUAUGACAUUGAAGUGAAGACGACAGAAAAGGCACAUUUUAUGCGUAGUAAAAUUGCUGCUAGUGGUUACGACCAAUUGUUUGCAUCGAAAGAUUUUAGUAAACCCUGGAAAGUUAUCGUUCCUCCAAAUGAGCAAAAGCUCUUCGAAUCUGAGCUCCGCAGGAACUCGAUUCACUUCAGGGUCGAAGCACUUGAUUUGCAGGAAUAUGUCUCCAACGUGCUUACAAAGUCUAGAAACUCUAAAGACCUACAUGGUAGUGUUAGUUUCGAUAAAUUCUUAAGCUACGAUGAGAUAAACGCUUAUCUAAAGAAAUUAGCAAAAGAUUUUCCAGAAAUAGCGAAAGUGGAAGUUAAAGGGAAGUCAUAUGAAGGAAGACCAAUUCUGGGAUUCACAUUUCAUACAAACCCGUCCCCAAAAAUGUAAUUCUUAUAACCGGAGGGAUACAUGCCCGCGAGUGGGCUUCACCUGCAUGCGCUUUAUAUAUUAUAUAUCAAUUGGUUGAGAAAUCGAAAGAAAUGGAUGAUUUUUUGAAAAAUUUUGACUGGAUUAUCCUGCCAACAACA